UCUAGAUCAAUGUACUCCUACACUUGGACAUGCGAAUGCGAGCCUGAGAAUCGAAUUCAACGAAUCGUUUCAUAAUUGUCUCUCUCUACUUUCUCUUGUUUUUUUCUUCACGACCACAGGAUCACCGUCGCUAACAGGAGCCGCAGGACUUGCUUGCAUCUUUUUCCAAAAAAUAUAUCAUCAUCUGCUUGUUAUACCCGAUACCAUCAUCUUCUCUGUUUUAUAGAUUCGCAAUCACGACGUCGAUCCCUAAUUGAACCAUCAAUUGAUCUGGUCGACGAUGGCACCAGGUCCAAAGACAGGCCCUGCGCUAUUCCUCGGACUUGAACUUGCUACCGAUCAACUGCGCGCUUCGAUCGUGGAUGAGAGCUUGGAGCUUGUGGGAGUAGAAUGCGUUGAUUUUGACACCGAAUUGCCUGAAUAUCAGACUCAGGGAGGAAUUUUCACUACUCCAGGAGAUGCAUACACCACACCAGUAGAUAUGUGGGUCAAGGCUCUUGACUUUUUACUGGAAAAAUUGACUAGGAAUCAUGAUGUAACGAGGAUAAAAUCAAUCGGUGGUUGUGCUCAGCAUGCUCUCGUGUGGUGGAAAUCGACACCCAUUCCUUCAUUUCCAGCACUGGACCCCCGACUCCCGAUACGUCCUGCACAUACCCAUGCCCUCGCCCUCGAAGCCCUCCUUGGCGGCCCAGACCUCAUGGCCGCUCGCGUCGGCACAUGCGCCAACGCAUCACUCUUAGCUGCCCAACUCCUCCGAGUUCGCGAAUCGUGGACAUCUGAUGUCUGGUCGCGAACGGGGAAGAUACAGCUUGCCAGCCAAUUCCUUGCAAGUAUGGUCGUAGGGGAGUGGGUAAAUAUGGGAGAGUCAGAGGCCUGCGCGACUGGUAUGUGGGUGCAUGCCAGUGCUGGCGCCAGCGCACAAGGUGCGCCUGGACUGGGCCGCUGGGACGAGGGUGUUUUGGAAAUCGUAGGUGGGAACCGGGAAGAAGGUCGGAGGAUCCGAACGUGGUUGGGCGACGUAGAGGUCGCUGGAGGGAGAAAGGCGGCCCAUAUCUCGCGAUACCUAUGUGAACGAUACGGAUUCGAACCCGGUGAGACUCAUUCACCACAAUAUACGAUUGUCACACCCUUCACCUCUGAUUACCUUUCCUCAUACCUAUCUCUCUGUCCAUCUCCAGGGGAUGCAGUGCUUUCAUUUGGACCAAUGGAUACCCUUCUCACUCCUGCUCAACAUUACCUACCAACUCGACUUUACAGCCUAUUCCCCCAUCCUGCUCAGGAUGCCAGCGAAAAGCGACGAUACAUCGCUAUGUUAAGCAGCAGCUUCUCAUGUUUUGCUUGCAGAAAUGCUGACGUUCCGCGUGCCCUUGUAAGAGACAUGUAUACGAAGAGCUGGAGUGCAUUUGAUCGGCUAGUUGCCAUCGUGCCACCUGGUGGAUCCAUAGGUCUCGAUGAUAAGCUCUUCAGUUUUUGGCUCCUACAGGGCGACAGCUACCCACUAUCACACGUCAAAGGCAUCUAUCGCUUUGAGACGGGGAUCAAAGUCAACGAGUUCCGGGACCUUCGCGCAAACCCUCGAUGUCUUCUUGAGAGCCAGGUCCUCUCAUUCCGCUUUCGGUGGUCAAGGAUGAUCGCCACCGGUGUUCUUGGUUCGAAUAUCAACCGGUCUCGAGGGAACGUUGCCCAGACACCUGGUCCUACAUCGCCACAAGGGCAGAAUCCCCGUUCAAACAUCGCAUCUAGCCUUGGACUCUCCUUUGAUCCAUAUGAUUAUUCCCCACUCCCUGCAAGAAUACUCGUCACUGGCGCAGCUGCCAACUUCCCCUCCGUCGCAAAUCUUGCAGGCGAUGUGUUCAACGCACCCGUGUUCAUGCCCAGCACCCAGGUUGAUUCCGCACAAGUAGUGCCCCACCGCAACGCACCUGCCAACGGCUUCCCUGGCCGUGCAUCACUAGGGGGUGCCUAUUUCGCCCGGUGGAUAUGGGGAAAGGAGCGUAGUUCUGCUAUUGGUGGAUCAAGUACCGGUCGAGGACUCGGCGGAUUUGAGGAGGAGAUUAGGAGGUUGCAUGGAAAGCGCUGGGUCGCGAGCGGUGGUAACCCGCUGCGGACCAAUGUAAAUGCUCCUUUAGGUGGGAGCGGAGGCAGUGGAGCCAACAGCGGUACUAGCACCCCCUAUGGUCAUCGCUCGGGACUAGGCUCCACUGUAUUUGUCGAGGAAGAGGAAGACGAGGAGCUGGAGCGUGAGAACGGUAUACUCGCCUCUUCAGUGUUUGCAGGUGGAUUUGCAGACAGGGAUCUUGGCAGGGACAUUAGCCGCAUGAGAACGCUCACAGGUUCUACACUUGAUACUGUGACGAGCAGUGGAUCUAUCGGACCCUCGACUGCGUUCACAACCCCCGAUCUCAAUGCAGGCGCAGGGAGUCCAGGUGGCGGAGUUGGAGCUGUCGUGCCACAAACAACUACUCUGACUCCUGUAACUGCUUUGCCCACUUCUGAUGCCGAGGCACAGAUUGGGUUGGCGAAGGUCGCUGAGGCGGACGUAGAUGCGUUCAUGACGUACGCUGCUAUCGUGCCUGAGUAUUGCCGACUUGAGGGCAUGCUCUGCAAGUCCCUUGUAUGAUCGGUGGGGGUGAAAAGCUUGUGUGUAUGUGAGUUGGUACAAAAAAAGACUACAAGAUUUUACGAUUUGUUGUAUAUAUAGGGUCUCACCAAUACUUACGCGUGCCUUGGAUAUUUCUAUUGAUGAUCAACGUUGACUGCUUGUAUUUCGAUUCUCCAACUUGGCGUGAACAUAGUUGUC